CAGGAGGGAAGGGCUCAAACCAAUUUCAAAGUCGCUCUCUCAAACUUCUUUGCUUGAAUUUGAAGCUGUCUUUUUGUCCUUUCAGAAAAACAACCACUGCUUCCUUUUCCUGUAUCUAUUUAUCCUCUCUUCUAGGACGAGUGAGCCCUGCUGAUUGCCCUUCCGAAUUAGGGUUUCUGCCAUUCUUUGCUAGCGUGGUUUCUAGGGUUUAUCACUCUCACAUGGCGGCGGAGAAGCUUAGGGAUUUGAGCCAGCCGAUUGACGUCGCAUUGUUGGACGCAACUGUCAAUGCUUUCUAUGGAACUGGAUCUAAGGAUGAGAGGGCUGCUGCAGAUCAUAUUUUGCGUGAUCUGCAAACUAAUCCAGACAUGUGGCUUCAAGUGGUUCACAUCCUAUCCAACACACAGAACUUGAAUACCAAGUUUUUUGCUUUACAGGUGCUGGAAGGUGUCAUUAAAUAUAGAUGGAAUGCUUUGCCUAAUGAGCAACGAGAUGGGAUGAAAAACUACAUCUCUGAACUUAUUGUGAAGCUCUCUAGUGAUGAAGCAUCUCUUCGGCGGGAAAGAUUAUAUGUGAACAAAUUAAAUGUUAUUUUGGUUCAGAUUUUGAAGCAUGAAUGGCCCACCAGAUGGCAAAGCUUCAUUCCUGAUUUAGUUGCAGCAGCAAAGACUAGUGAAACCAUUUGUGAGAACUGCAUGGCUAUAUUGAAGCUGCUCAGUGAGGAGGUGUUUGACUUCUCAAGGGGUGAACUGACUCAACUGAAGAUCAAAGAGCUAAAACAGUCACUAAACAGCGAGUUUCAGCUCAUUCAUGAGCUAUGUCUAUACGUGCUCUCAAUUUCUCAAAGAACUGAGCUUGUCAGGGCCACUCUUGCUACUUUGCAUGCUUUCCUCUCAUGGAUUCCUUUGGGGUAUAUUUUUGAGUCACAACUGCUGGAGAGGCUCCUUAAUUUUUUCCCUGUGCUUGCUUACCGUAAUCUUACUCUUCAGUGCCUAGCAGAGGUUGCUUCACUGAGUUUUGGAGAUUUUUACAACAUGCAGUAUGUGAGCAUGUACACAAUAUUUAUGGUACAACUGCAGACUAUUCUUCCGCCAAAUACAAACAUCCCUGAAGCUUAUGCACAAGGAAGCAAUGAGGAUCAGGCAUUUAUCCAGAACUUGGCAUUGUUUUUUACCUCAUUCUUCAAGUCCCAUAUUCGGGUGUUGGAGAGUUCUCAGGAAAAUAUAAAUGUACUUUUAAUGGGUCUUGAUUAUCUUAUCAAUAUCUCAUAUGUUG